CAGCCCACUCACCACGCGCUUGGUCCAUAGGAGGCCCACGCAACCAGAGCCUCUCCUCCUUCCUCCUCCCCUCUCCGUCCGACCGAGGCGGAGCCCUUCCGACCGAUGCAGACGCCGGCGACCACCUGCGGGGCCCGCGCGGCCGCCUUCGCCCCAUCCCCCCGCCACGCGGCCCCUCCUGAGAGCUUCAGGAAGCCCUUUCCUGGGCCCUCUCGGCGGGCGAAAGGGCACCGGCGCGUCGCCCCCAUGGCCUCCACCGUCGACUCGCCGGGGAGCUCCUCCGACUUCGCCAAGCGCAUCGAACGCGCCUGGAUCAUCUCCAAGCAACCAAGACCAAUUUCUUGCUCCUCCUGUCAAUCUUCUGGCCAUAUGGAGUGCAAGUGGUGUGCAGGCACAGGCUUCUUUAUCCUUGGCAACAACAUGCUGUGUGAAGUACCGUCAAGAAAUACAAAAUGUGUGAUAUGCUCUGGAAAGGGCUUUGCAAGUUGUGCUGAUUGCCAAGGGACUGGGUUUCGUGCCAAGUGGCUUGAAGAGCCUCCUGUCAACAAAUGAGCUAAGGAAAUCAAUCAUAGUGUAAAUUUACAAUUUCACAGUAAACUAGCUAAUUGUAUGCACCUGUGUCCAUAUUCUUCACAUGUAACUAUGGCACUGUUAUUUUCCUGUAACUGCAUCAGUUCCAUGCCUGUGACAUUUUGUUAAUUAUUCAAUAUACCUUUUUCAAUAAGAAUAUGAGUAACAAGAGGUACUUAGCUCUA